AAAUGCAGAGUCAAAACCCCCGACCCGAUUACUAAAACGGAGGAAGGCGAAGAUGAUAAUGCAGAAAAUAAUUUUCCCCGCUCCGGCCUCUGGAUUAAUGACGGCCAUAUCUGCGGCCAGUUUCAUCGGAAUUACAGCUAGCGGGAUUUCGGAGGUGAGAGGGAAACACCUUCAGUACUCCAAAUUCUGGAAGGCCGGUUCGCAAAAUCGAUCUCCAUUAAUCAAACAGAUCAAGCUGCCGAGUAGAGCUGGAAUGCUUCUGCUGUAUGCUCCUGCAUUUUUAGCAGGUGCUGCUUCCUUUUUCCUCUUUCCUGAUGAAGGCCUCCGAUUUCUGCUAGUCCAAUUAGCCGUCUCCAUUCAUUUCUUCAAGCGGAUCUUUGAGGUGUUAUUUAUACACAAGUACAGUGGGGGAAUGAUUCUGGAUUCUGCCCUUACAAUUUCUCUAAGCUAUUUUGUAUCAAGUGCGUUUAUGAUCUAUGCUCAACAUCUCACACAUGGAUCCACGGAGCCUGCAGUGGAUUUGAUGUACCCUGGAGUAUUGGUGUAUGUAAUUGGGAUUUGUGGCAAUUUUUACCACCAUUAUCUUCUUUCCGAGCUUAGAGGUAAUGAAGGCAAGAAGGAAUACAAGAUUCCCCGAGGUGGUUUAUUUGAUCUUGUGAUAUGCCCACAUUACCUUUUUGAGAUUUUAAUCUUCUGGGGGAUCUUCUUCAUUUCUCAGACUGUUUAUGCCUUUUGCUUUGCUCUUGCUACUACUUUUUACUUGAUGGGUAGGAGCUAUGCAACUAGGAAAUGGUAUCUCUCUAAAUUUGAUCAUUUCCCUAAUCAUGUCAAGGCUCUGAUUCCCUUUGUAUUUUAGAAUUUGAUCUUAGAAGAGAGAAAGGAAAAAAAAAAAAAAAGAAAAGAGGCUUUUGUUUAUGUGAUUAUCGAAAGAAUAUUGUUGUUUUAAGUGAAAACAAAACAUGGGGAUAUAUAUUGAAGGCAUUGUAGUGAAUGCCUUUUAUCGUACUUAAUAUUUGGGUUUGUACUAGUUUGAUCCAUGCUGUGAAAUAAGUAAUCUUGUAUCAACUGUUCUUAGGAA